GAGGGGGUCUAAAUAACCCCCCUGCUUCCAUGUUAGCCCAUAUUUCAAUUCAGACAGGAUCGAAAACCCCAAAUUAAUCAAUCGAGUCCUCUGAGCGCCGACCAGUUGCUUUCCCCCUAUACGAUCCCAGCCUUCUCCUGAUUGGGAUUCUGCCCCAACCCAACUCAAGCCCCCCAGCCUUCUUAAUAAAAUCCGAAGGGCUCCACCGCCCGUUAGUUCAGGCCUCCAACCAACGGCGAUCUCUUCUCACAUCCAUCCCCCUCCCAUCUCAAUCCAGUCAAAACCCUAGACCAAACCAACGGCGGCCAUGGACGAUUACGAGGGCCGGGAGCGGUUCGACAUGGAGAACGACUACGAGGACGGGCAAUGGAUCAACGGGCCCGACCUCACGAAGCCCGUCCAGUUCGUCUCCACCGGCACCGUCAUGCCCGACCAAGAGAUCGACAAGGAGAACGGUACGGCGUCUGAAAACCCUAACUCUAACACCAACCCCAGCCAGGCUGGCCUCGGUUACGGCCUAGGGUUUCAGGCCGAUUCCAGUAGGAAAACUGAUGGGGGUGAGGCUGAUGAUGUGGAUGCUGAAUUUUUACCUACCGCGUUUGGGAGAAAGAUUAAGGAGGGGGCUCAGCGGAGGGAGAAGGAGAGAGAAAAAGAAAGGUCCGCGUCAACGAAGGCUGCUUCAGUGAAGAAAGGGAUGGGGAAGAGGGAUGCGGGGGCGGGUAAAUUUGAAGCGUUUACUUCCGGGAUCGGAUCCAAGCUUCUGAGGAAGAUGGGAUACAAGGGCGGCGGAUUGGGGAAGGAUGAGCAAGGGAUUACUGCUCCGAUCGAGGUGAAAAUGCGUCCGCAGGGGAUGGGGAUGGGUUAUAAUGAUUAUAAAGAGGUCAAGAUGCCGGCUUUAGAUGAGAAAGAACCUGAGGAGAAGCCGGCAGCCAAAUUGCCUGCUUCCUCCAAAGAGAAGAGGUGGUUGAAGCAGAAGCAGGGAAGGAAGAAAACUGAAAGUAAGUACUUGACGCCGGAGGAGCUUCUUUUGCAGAAGCAGGAGCAGGGGUUGGAGGACACAAAGGUGCAGAAAGUGCUGGACAUGAGGGGCCCACAGGUUAGGGUUUUGUCGAAUCUUGAGAAUUUGAAUGCAGAGGAAGAGGCAAAGGAGAACCAGGUCCCGAUGCCAGAGCUACAGCACAAUGUGAAGUUGAUCGUCGACAUGGCUGAGGUUGAUAUACAGAGGAUUGAUAGGGAUUUGAGGAGGGAGAGGGAGAAGGUAGUGAGCUUGCAGAGAGAGAAGGAUAAGUUUCAGAAGGAGGAAUUGAGGCAAAGGAAGCAGCUCCAGGUCAUGGAGACCAUUGCUGGAGUGGUGGAAAGAGUUGGGGAGGAGAAUUCCUUGGGUGUUUUGAAUUUAGAAUCGCUUUUGACCACCUUCAGUAAUCUGAAGCAACAGUAUAAAGAGGAGUACAAGCUUUGCAACCUUUCAUGUAUUGUUUGUUCCUUUGCAUACCCUUUGCUUAUCCGAGUCUUUCAAGGGUGGCAGCCACUUCAGAAUCCACAUCAUGGGUUGAUACUUAUGGCUUCAUGGAAGAGUCUGUUGCAAGGGGAUCAAGAUCAACCUUUUGAUUAUUCGGAAAAUCCUGUCGAUGCUUCUCCCUAUACUCGGCUUGUUAACGAGCUUAUUUUCCCUGCGGUUAGAAUAUCAGGGACUAAUAGUUGGAAGCCAAGGGACCCUGAGCCGAUGCUUCGGUUCUUGGAGUCAUGGGAACAGCUUCUUCCUCCUUCGCUGGUUCAGUCAAUUCUUCAGAAUGUUGUGAUGCCGAAAUUGUUGGAGGCAGUGGACGAAUGGAAUCCUUUGUUGGAGACUGUCCCAAUUCACUCCUGGGUCCAUCCGUGGCUUCCUCAUUUUGGUCAGGAACUGCAACCUUUAUAUCACAGGAUCUGGCCCAAAUUUGAUGUUGCCCUGCGAGGUUGGCAUGCGAGUGAUUCAUCGGCUUAUGCUGUCCUUUCUCCAUGGAAGGAUGUUUUUGAUGCAGCCAGUUGGGAGAGACUUAUAGUUCGAUGGAUUGUUCCCAAGCUGAUAGAUGUGAUGAAAGAAUUCCAAGUAAACCCCGCAAACCAGAUUUUGGAUCAGUGGAAUUGGGUCAUGACAUGGGCUUUAGUUAUUCCAAUACACCACAUGGUUAACCUACUCGAGGUUGAGUUCUUCUCGAAAUGGCAUCGAGCCUUGUAUGGAUGGUUGUGUUUAAAUCCUGAUUUUAAUGAAGUUACUCGGUGGUAUAUGGGAUGGAAGAGUCUUUUCCCUCCAGAAUUGCUUGCUAAUGAGAGGAUUAGACAGCUUCUGACGGCUGGUCUUGAUAUGAUGAAGCAAGCAGCAGAAGGCGCGCCAGUGGUGCAACCUGGGGUUAGAGAGAAUGUCAGCUACUUGAGAGUUACUGAGCAAAGACAGUUUGAAGCUCAGCAGCAAGCAGCUGCAGCAAGGGCACAUGCAGAUAAUUUAGGCAAUGCACCUCUUAAAGACCAGAUCCAGUUUUUUGCGGAAGAGCAAGGGGUGCUAUUUGUACCGAAAGUUGGUAAAUUGUACAAUAGUCUUCAGGUGUAUGGAUUUGGCAAUGUGAACAUCUGCAUAGAUUAUCCGAAACAGCUUAUUUAUGCACAAAGCUCUGGAGGAUGGCUUCCUGUGUCAUUGAGCCAACUGCUACAGAUGCAUCGGAAUUCUGCACAGCGAUAAAGGUGCUGCCUAGCUGGUAAAGAUUUUUUUUUUCAAUGUGCAGUUAAUUUCUGUUUUCUCUAAAUUGUUUUAUCUUUGUCAUCUAUAAUUGUCACGCCCCGCUUCCCAAAAUACCC